CGCAAAUAAUUUUUUAAGCGUAUAUAAAAGAAAAAUGGCAUAUUUGUAAAGGUUAAAAAUGUAACAAGUCCGAUGAUCUUGAUGCGAUAAAACUCGGUGCCUUGAGUUGGCGAGUGAUGAUCCGAAAAACGACGUCGUUACCAAAAACCCCAUCCUCUUCUCUCGCAGUCUAUGGAUAAAUGGGUAGAUCUUACCAUUAUCCUGUACGCCACGUUUUUCGGCUGUGGCCGUCGGAUCUAGCUCACAUCUACUUCUUCCUCGAGGGUUAAUUUCUAUUUCUCUGUUGUCUCCGCCGUCUCUCCGCUGAAAAGGGGGUUUAUCCUGUAGCCGAUUGUGGUUGAGUUUCCCCUUUUCUGUUUUGGUUUUCUUUGAUUUACUGUGGGAUUGCGAGCGUUUUUCUGCUGGCGAUUCAGUUCUCUAUAAUAUAAAAAAUCCCAAGUUGGCAGCGAUUCGAUGGAGAGUGAGCUGGUGGAGUUAUUUGAAGCGGCGAAAAAGGCCGCAGACGCCGCUGCAGCACCAUCGAAUGAUGAUGGGGGAGCCGAAGAAAGUCGCUGCCUAGAUGCCCUACGUCAGCUCAAGAAAUUUCCUGUUACUUAUCAAAUCCUUGUUUCCACUCAGGUCGGGAAGCGCCUUCGGCACCUCACUAAGCACCCCAAGAAGAAAAUACAGUACUAUGCUUCUGAUCUGAUUGAGAUAUGGAAGGAAAUAGUAAUCAAGGAGACUAACAAGAAUAAGAAAAAUGGGAACAUCGACAGUAAAGAGUUGCCUAAAAUUGGUUCUCCCAGUGCGGAGUCCGUUAAGGUGGAGAAGUUUAGAAAAUCAUCUUCCAUGAAGGUUGAGAGAGUUUCCCAGGUCGAGCAAUUCGAUAGAAAUGGUGUCGCAAGCUCUGCAAAAUUUUCCAGAUCGGAAAGCGACAUCUCGGUGGAAAACUCUGUUAAGGUUGAGAAAACUGAUUCAGUGGUCAAGGUUGAAAGGAUAGUUAAAGAAGAGAAGAGAAUCUCAAAAGAAAAGAAACCAUUAAGUGGCACUGAUGCACCUCCAAAGCUUACUUCCAUGAUUAAAUCAAAAGAUGCUGCUCGAGACAAAAUAAGAGAACUUCUCUUCGAGGCUUUCUCCAAAGUUCCUAGUGAGGCUGAUGAAGAUGUUAUGGAUGAAGUAAAUGCAAGUGAUCCGAUUCGGGUUGCUGUUUCGGUAGAAUCCGUGAUGUUUGAAAAUUGGGGAGGUUCUACUGGCUCACAGAAGACCAAGUACAGAUCUAUAAUGUUUAACCUCAAGGAUCCGAAGAACCCAGACUUUCGAAGAAAAGUUCUUCUUGGACUUAUAAAGCCAGAAAGGCUGAUCAAUAUGAGCACAGCUGAUAUGGCAAGCGAUCAGAGAAAACGUGAAAAUGAAGAGAUUGAACAGAAAGCUUUAUUCGAUUGUGAGCGUGGAGGAGCUCCAAAAGCUACUACCGAUCAAUUCAAGUGUGGUCGAUGCGGUCAGCGCAAAACAACCUACUACCAAUUGCAGACACGGAGUGCUGAUGAACCUAUGACCACCUUUGUUACUUGUGUAAACUGCAAUAACCAUUGGAAGUUCUGUUGAGUCUCUCUUGAGCUGACGAAAAUGUUAUUGUGAGUUGUUUUGCCUCGACACUGGUUGCUGCAGUCUGUAAUCCCACUCCACAUCGUUACAUUUACGUAGAGGGUUCUCUACUGUAGGAUUUCUAAGUGCUAAUUUACUGAGAAUCAGUCGGUUUCUAGUCUU